ACAUAAAGUGAUGGCGACGCUGAGGGAAUGUGCGAGACACAACAACGAACUUGAAAGAAAAAGGACUCGUGAGAAUGGGGAGGGAUAGAGAGAGUAUCCGUACAACAACGUUAAUGAGCACUCGCCAUCUAGCAUCAACUGUAAUUCUUCUGGCAAUUCUCUAUUUGUUUUAUCUAAAACUUCUAGGUCUCUCCUAUAGUUUCGCUGGUAUCGCAACUAUCUGUGCGUGCUGGUGCAAUUACACGCAAGGUCGCAAGCUACGGAUAAUCGCCGACUGUAGAUCUGGGGGGUGGUGGGAAUCCAAUGCUGCGAUGCAAUCGACCCAGAUGCGGACUUGGUGAAAGAUGGAGCGGCUCUGGAAUGGUCGGUGCUUGGGAGUUAUGGAGGACCGUUGGGUUCCGUGAGUAAGGCGGAGUUGGUACUCGGUGCAGCUCGGAAUUUUAAUCUUCAUUUAUGUUUUCUUUGUCGUGGAGGAUUUGGUGGCGUUAGAGAUCUUGCGGCGAUGGAACCCGAUGACAUACGGGUGGUGAUGACGAGAGCCAGUGAGCUGCAUGCCAAUAUUUGUGACGCCAUUGAAAGAGUGAACAAGUCGCGUCAUUCAGGGAAGUGGCUACUGCACAGUUUUGGAGAUGAUGGCGAGGAGUACGACGACGAGGACGCAGAAGCGCGGGGUAAUUCGCAAGAGGACGAGAUGCGCAGCUUGAAAGGCAUUCGAGAGGCGCUAGUAGCGUUGGAAACGCAGCUGAAGUCACUACAGUCUGUACAACAGCAACAGCGGAUCCGGAAGGAUGCAGUUCUUGCAAAGCUUGAAGAAAGCAGAAGAGUCUUGUUGCAACGAUUGAAAGAGCACGAUGGCCGGGAAAUGCAGGUGGUUGAGGAAGCUAUGACAUUUGCAGGGGAACCAGUGAAAAAGACGGAUGAUCUUCCCCUGCCACCUUACCUAAAUCCCAUCUCCCCCUCCGUUUACAGCGAAUCUCCUGUAUUCCGAUCAAUGAAGGCAGAGAAACCCAAUCUCUUCAAGCAACUGGAUGACCGAUUGUAUUUAAAUGACAGCCUCUUUCUUGUAGAUGAAGCAGUAUCUGAUUCGGAAGCUGCAAAGGUUGAGAGAGGCUCUGAGAUGCCCACUGAUGUGGGCGGUGAUUUGGCCAUCGAAGGAGGUCCUGAAAAAGUCACUGCAAACGGCGCUGAGGUGCAUAUAGACGAAGAAACUAGUCCAUCGUCUAGCGGAUUCUCUAGGCUUUUCAGUGACAUGUUCAGUUGUACAAGGAAAACGUUAUUAGUGGUAGUAUCUGCUGUAGCUUUUUUGUUGGUUUCCGAGCUCAACCUCAAAUCCCCGAGUGGUAGAAAGUCUCAGAAACCGGGUGAAACAGAGCCCAAACCUCCCUCAAUGUCACAGUGGCAAGAGCCCGCACAAACGCCACCGUCGAAGGUGGAACCAAGAUCAGAUCCUAAGGUAGAGCUCAGGCCAAAGCCGAUGCCAAUUUUUGAGUGUCCAGCAGCUUACAAGCGGAUAGAAGACGAUGGAAUUGUCAAGUGCGUAGUUAAGGAGCGGGUGGAGCUUCCAUUUCCUCGGGAUAUUAAGACUCCUGAUGUUCUUCACGGUCGUGGUUGACACAAAUCACAUGUCCAAACGCAUCCAUCUCUAAGUUUCUUUCCAUUAUGUUGACUUAGCUAGUAACAACUGUAACAUACCACUUCUAGUUAUUACUGAAAACAACAGAUCCUCAAGUGGCUUAUCCAUUUUCU